AUGUCUUUUAACCUGUCCGUGAAGUAUAACAAAAGUUCGGUUAUUAAAGAUACAGCAGAUGAUGACAUUGAAGCAUUGCAAAACAUAUCUGCUGGGUUUGGAAUAGCCGGAUUGUGCUUCAUAACAUUAGGAAUUGUUGGAAACAUUAUCGCUAUUGUUGUGUUGCGACAUAAACCCAAGCGGUGUCUGGGUACAAAGUUAUUAGUCUAUUUGGCCUUUGUGAACAUUCUACUAUUAGUGUUCCAAAGUAUCAGAAGUGUGGGCAAUCUUCAGAUAGGGAAAGUUGUCAUAAGGGCAUUAAAAGAACUGACUUACGUGACCCAUCCGCUGUUUAUGACAGUAUACAUGGCCGAGAUUUGCAUGACUUCAUUAAUCACCGUACAGCGGUACGUUUCUGUCGCAAAACCGUUGGCGGCGAAUAGUUUAAUGAGCGAGAGGCGGUUGGUUAUAAUUAUGGCGGUUCUAGGGGCCUGGUGCGUCAUCUUCAACAUUCCCCAUUGGUUUAUGUUCUACCCUAAUAUUCUCAUAGUGCGAACAGUCAAACAGCACACACAGUUUAGACAAAGUCAGCAGAUGGAAAACCAAUCAGACAACCCCGACAUCCGGUUGACAAUUAUAGUCAUUGCUAUAACUACCUUGUCGUUGAUAAAUACUUCUCUCAGCUCCAUUUAUUUUGUGUUCUUGAAGUUUCUCAACUGGAAAACCAUGUGUUCGUUUGAGUGUUUUACGUUUGACAUUACUGUUAAUUUUGUAGUGAUUUUAAACUGUUCUCUCAACUGUAUCUUCAACUGUGUUUGCGGGAGCAAAUUUCGUCAGAUAUGCUGGGGUCUGUUCUGUCCUAAAUGCAAAAACAAGGGAAAUGGUUCCUAG